AUGGAGAAGUUGUACUUGGCGGGGAGCAGCGUAUGGACGACCAACGGCUCUUUGGGGAACGGCAGCCUCCGCCUGGAGAACCAGACCUCCGGGAGGAACAGCACCACGGACCCCCUGAAGAGGAACGAGGACAUGGCCAAGGUGGAGGUGACAGUCCUCUGCCUCAUCCUGUUCCUCGCCCUGACAGGCAACCUGUGCGUGCUGCUGGCCAUCCACACCACCCGGCAGAAGCACUCCCGCAUGUACUUCUUCAUGAAGCAUUUGAGCAUUGCUGACCUGGUCGUGGCCAUCUUCCAGGUGCUGCCCCAGCUCAUCUGGGACAUCACCUUCAGGUUUUAUGGGCCAGAUUUCCUUUGCCGGUUGAUCAAGUACUUGCAGGUAGUGGGGAUGUUUGCUUCCACCUACAUGCUCUUGCUGAUGUCCCUGGACCGUUGCUUGGCCAUCUGUCAGCCUCUGAGGUCUCUGCACAGGAGAGCGGACCGGGUCUCUGUCCUUCUCACCUGGCUGCUGUGCCUGCUGGUCAGCAUCCCUCAGAUCCACAUAUUUUCUCUGAGGGAUGUGGGGAAUGGGGUUUAUGACUGUUGGGCAGAUUUCAUCCAGCCCUGGGGACCUAAAGCCUAUGUCACCUGGAUAACUCUCAUGGUCUACAUCAUCCCCGUGUUGAUGCUGAGCAUCUGCUAUGGCUUAAUCAGCUUCAAAAUCUGGCAGAACGUGAAGCUUAAGACAGCUCACGGGCCCAACACGGGUCUGAGCUCCGGCUCCCGCAGCGGGAUGGCAUUUGCCAGGGUCAGCAGCACCAGACUCAUCUCCAAAGCCAAGAUCCGGACAGUCAAAAUGACCUUCAUCAUAGUGUUAGCUUUCAUAGUGUGCUGGACUCCUUUUUUCUUUGUGCAGAUGUGGUCUGUGUGGGACACGAAUGCUCCGCAGGAAGCCUCCCCCUUCAUCAUCGCCAUGCUCCUGGCCAGCCUCAACAGCUGCUGCAACCCCUGGAUCUACAUGCUCUACACGGGGCACCUCUUCCACGACCUGAUGCGGCGCUUCCUCUGCUGCUCCACGCGCUACCUGAAGUCGCGGCCGGCGUGCGACCUGAGCGUCAGCAAGAAGAGCAACUCCUCCUCCUUCGUCCUCGGCUGCAAGAGCGUGAGCCAGAGGAGCUUCAUGCAUCCAUCCACGACAUGA